AAAAGGAAAAAUAUAUAUAUCAAUAACCAAACAUUUACAACCCAAUCAAGACGAAAGCAUCACCUAGAGCAUUCCAUUCUCGCAGUCGACGCCUUCUAGUGUCCCUGUACUUGUCAUCUCUCUCGUGUUCACAUCGCCGCUGCAUUCCAGAGCUUCGCCGGCACAAAUCUUUUGUCUGCCCCGAUCAUUGUUUCGCCAUUGAUUUUCUGAUCCCUUGUUCAUGCCCAUUUUCACUACUUGCACAGUUUGAACUGGUGAACGGAACUGUUCGGUGGAGUGUGAGGUCGUUGCGGAUUGCGAUAUAAAAUUUUUGUUUAUUCUUAGCCUGGAAUUUUCUUUUUUUGGGUACAAAAAGAGAAAAAACCUGAAGUUUUUCAGGGAGAGUUUGAAUUUGAUCGCUUACUGUCAUUGUCGCACAGUAAAGAUCUCUCUCCCUUUUGAUUGGCAUCGUCUUCUUUUUUUCCCCCCACAUAAAACGCAGCGUUUCGAAGAACAGGUUCAGGCGACAUUUUGCCCCUAAAUGUCACAGGCGGAGAACGAUGUCAACGCCGAUGAUUCUUUAAAGUAUAAUGUGGAGUUCAAGAGCCAUGACGAUGACGCAUGGUACUCCGUCAGGGCUGUGCUUGAGCGAGAAGAUGUUCUGAGAAUAAAGUUCCAGAACUUCGGCGACAGUCACGAUAAGGUCUUUCAAGCUCAAUGCUUCAAUAGCUUGGAGGAGGUGGAAGAGUUCAAGAAACGGUUCAGACCGGUUUCGUUGCAGCUUCAAGACGAUGAGUGCCGAACCGUCAUACCAGGAACGACCGUCUGUGCUUGCUACCGCUACUGCAAUGAAGAUGUUCGUUUCUAUGACGCUACCGUUUUUGUGGUGCAAGAAAAGGCGCAUUCUUUUAAUGGAGAGGAAGAGUGCUUGUGCACCUUUUCACUUCUCUGGUUACAUGGACCUGUUGUUGGAAUUUACAGUAAUGCAAGUGUUGCGGAUAUUUGCAAAAUUCAGCCAACUUCAGGGCUGGAUCCUGUUGUGGCUUCAUUUCUAAAGACUACUAGGGAUAGAACUGAAGUUACAUCUAAUUCCAUUUCAUUUUCCAAGGUAGUAAGUGGACAGGAAGGGAUACAUCCAUCCAAGAAAUGUGGUUUUCUUGAGCGCCUAUACAAGGAAACUCGCUGUGCCAGGCGGUCUGUCAGUAAAACAUCAUCUUCAUGUGCGAGUUUGUAUAUGUCAUUCACUGCUUUUUUGGUGAUUUAUUUAAGUUCAAUUCAAGAUAGGAUUGCCAAGCUUCUUAGCAACAGGAAGGAAGACAGAGAUCUUGGUGGAAAGAAAAGCAUGUUUAUGAUAUUAGUUGGGAAUCUGGAUAAAGCGUUAUCUCCAACAACAAUUGGAGAAUUCUUAUAUGGACACACUUUUGUAUCACCCAAAGUGUUUGCUUUUCCAAGUUUAUCAUCGGAGUUGUUUACCAGAGGGGCCUUCAUCGUUGAUAGUGAAGGGGAUUUUAAAAGGGUUCGCAACUUCUUGAGCGAUCCCACUCAGAUAAUAGUAUCUUCAACAGGAAGGCCAUGGGUGAUAAUUGAAGAGGUAGUGGGGCUUUAAAACGUCAAAGCAUCAAUGGGAACACUGAUGCCUGCAUCUAAGGUACAGUCAUUUCAAAAAGAUUGCAAUGGAAAGAGAACUGAUCUGAGGAUUGUUCACAGCGGAACUCGAGAGUUUAAGAUUGCCAGUGACCUUAGGAAUAUGUUCAUGGAAUUUUCUGCUCAUCAACAGCAACUCCACCGGCGGCUCGCACUUGAGGAGGAAAUGGUACAUUUGGACUGUAACCUUUGAUUCACUUGCUGCAAUCUGCCUACACAGUAAAUACCAGGGCUUAGGAAUGGAUUCCUCAUGCAUAGUGUUCACUUUUUGACUUUUCUAGCUAGUAUGUGAAUGUUUACACUGUAAUAUCACUAUGCUGUUAGGGAUGGACUAUAGCAUUACAGCAUUACACCGUUUUGUGCACAUGAGAGUUUUUGAGGAAGGUUAGAUAGUAAGAGGAAAGUGAAACAUGACACUUACAUGCAUUUUCACUUGUUUGUAUCACUUUCUUUUAUAAAUCUGUAAUAUAUUAUUAAGAUCAUGGUUGGUGUGCAUGUUACUGAGAAUGUCGAUGCAUCAUGCAGCCAUUGGUAACAUUAUGACAACUGAUGCUGAAACAAGCCUAUUAUGUUGGAAGUAGGAGGAUUUUCCUUCACUAGUUGAAA